CGCGAGGCCCCGCCGACGUGGACUUCCGGUUUAGGGGCGGCCCAGGCGGCGGCGAGAGGAGGAGGAGGCAGGAUGGAGCUCGAGGCCAUGAGCAGAUAUACCAGCCCCGUGAACCCAGCUGUCUUCCCUCAUCUCACGGUGGUCUUGUUGGCGAUUGGCAUGUUCUUCACCGCCUGGUUCUUCGUCUACGAGGUGACCUCCACCAAAUAUACCCGGGACAUCUACAAAGAGUUGCUCAUCUCUCUGGUGGCCUCACUCUUCAUGGGCUUCGGUGUGCUCUUCCUCCUCCUCUGGGUCGGCAUAUACGUCUGACCCAUCGCUUAGGCUCCAUUCGGAAGACCUCGAGGAGUUCCGCUCUUUCUUUUUUUUUUUUUUAAUUUUGUACUGUUGCAAAAAUUGUUCCAGCCGUGGACAAUAAAGGCAGAUGUGUCACGGCCAGGCCUCUGGCCCUCACUGAA